CUGGAAGUCGUCACCCAUGUGGCCCUCGGGAGCGGGAAGCAGGCAGCCCUGCCCGCGGGAAUCGGCGCUCCGCAGGGCGGCAAUCAGUGGCAACGUCCUCGCCCUGCCUCCGCACCACGUUCCCACUGGCCGGAGCGUUCGAGUCUUCAUCUGCGCCAACCCUGACGACACAGAGGCAGAGAGGAACGCCCUGAAGGAACAUGUCUACCCUAAACUACGGGACUUCUGCAGAGAGAACUACGGGAUCGAGUUCCAGAAACAUGUCUUUGACCUGAGCCCCGCUGCUACCUCUAUCGACCGCGUGAACCCCCCCCCUGACUGGAUUUACAUGGCUGUCUCGACCGUGUGCAACCAGAGAAAACACCGUUACAGGACAUCACACUGCGUGUCCUGCCAGGGCCUCAGGGACGAGCUGCAUGCAGAGGCCCACGGGCUCGUGGGAGAGAAGUACGGCAGCAUCCGUAUGCCAGGGGAGGUGGAGUCUGCCGAGUUUGAGAUGAUCCUGGAUGCGGCUGUGGAGGCGGGCCUGGACACGCACAUCCUGGAAGAGUGGUACUGCAGGGAUGAGAACUCAGUCCCGCCCGCCUACUACCUCAAACCCAAAGCCCAAAUGCUGAAGAACUACCAGAAUUCGAUGGAGUCCAGCAGCGCGGCCAAGACGAAGAACGACAAGGCCUGGAGGACCGUGUCUGAGGAGAUCAAGAAGAUCUUCCGCACCUCCGUCCUCCAGCUUCAGGAGAAGGGCACCAUGAAGAGCGCCCAGGCCAAGAAGUUCCUCUGUUCUGCCUUAGAGGAUGAACUGGACUUUGCCUUAGGCAAACAAACCCCUGCCUUCCUCAAGAAGUGCGUUUGCUACAUCCGCAAGAUCUCCAAUUUCGACCGCCACGCCAAGCUGCCCGAAAUGGCCCGCUACAUGGACAUAGUGGUCAGUGCAGACCGUGUCAUGCGGAACCAGGAAGCCUACGAGCGCCUCUUAAAGGUACGGGAUGAGUUUAUACCCACCAUCGUCGCUGCCUCCAACCUGCGCGUCUAUUCCUCGGUGACGCACUGCGACAUGAAGCUCGGCUACUCCCAGGAAGUGGAGAGUCACUACGUGGAAGGCUUGUGUAAACAGUUUUACGAGGACAUGGUGGACAUCAUCCAGGCCACGGUCCAGCAGAAUUUCGACACGGAAACCGACCCGCUCUAUGACGAGAUCAUCCAGCAUCUGUCCCUGUGUAAGACGCUCUCCUCCUUCUACGAGUACAAGAGCGAGUCACUGGAUUACAUGCAGGAGUAUUUGUUGCCAUCCAAAGGAAGCAGGAUGAUGCCUCUAGUGGUGUACGGAGGUCCCUGCACGGGCAAGACCCUACUGCUUGCUGAGGUCGCCAAACAGGCGUACACGUGGCUCCAGACGGAACUGGGACCCGAGACCGACCCCGUGGUCAUCGUCCGCUUCAUCGGCUCCUCCGACUUCUCCCUGGACCUCCGCACCCUCCUCCAGAGCAUCUGUGAGCAGAUCGCCAUCAACUACCGCUGCCUCAUCCACUUCCUGCCCAACAAGAUCCAGGAGAUGCGAGAGCUGCUGGUCAACCUCCUGGGAGAGUCCUCCUUUCACCGGCCCCUGGUCAUCGUCCUGGACUCCCUGGAGCAGCUCUCCGAAGCGGACGAGGCCCGCAAGCUGUGGUGGCUCCCCGUCCACCUGCCCCGCACCGUCCGCGUCGUGGUCUCCACCCUGCCCAACAAGUACGGCAUCCUGCAGAAGCUCCGGCACCUCGUCCACGACGAGGGGCGCUACGUGGAGCUGGUCCAGAGAGACCGCAAGGCUUGCAGCCAGACCCUCAAGCAGCAGCUGCUGGGGGUCAAGAGGAAGGUGACGUCGGGUCAGCAGAUCUACGUCAACGAAGCGUUGGCCAAGUGCACCCUCCCUAUGUUUGUCAACCUCAUCUACCGUGAGGUGGUCCACUGGAGGUCCCAUAAAGACGUGGACGAUAAGUCACUGUGCUCCACGGUUCACGAGAGCAUCGAGCAGCUCUUCUACUCCGUGGAGAACAAGCUAGGGCAGAGGUUUGUGUUCAGAGCACUGGGCUACAUCACCAUGGCCAAGGCGGGAUUGACUGAGGUCGAGUUGGAGGACAUUUUGUCAUUGGAUAACAGUGUUCUUAGUGAUAUCAUGGUGAGUUCAAACCUCAAGAACCCCCUGAGGAUUUCGUACGACCUGGUUGCGAGGCUGAAAGAGGAGCUGGAGGGGUAUCUGAUCGAGCGGCAGGUACGGAACGUGACCCUGAUGGUGUGGGCCAACCGACACCUCCACCUCAUUGCCCAGAAGCUGUACCUCAGCAAUGAGGAGGACGUCCACCAGAUGCACAGCCUCUUGGCAGAGUACUUCCUGGGGGCGUGGUCGGGCGGCAGGAAGAAGAUCUUCCACUGCGACAACAACCACUUUGCCUCGCUCAACAUCUCGCAGCAUAAAAACCCCCACCAUCAGCCGUCUCACGAGAAAGCAUCCUCGGAGAAGUACUCUUACGACAGGCAGACUCCGGAGCAGCCCUGGGUGUUCCAAUGCAACCUUCUGGAACCUGACAUCUUCUUUGUCAACCACAGGAAAAUGACCGAGCUCCUCUACCACUUGACCCGGAGUGGCCGUACAGACGACCUCAUGUUCGGCGUCAUCAUGAACUUCAGCUGGCUGUAUACCAUGAUCAAGAUUGGACAGUUUGAAAAGGCCCUGACUGACAUUGACUUGGCCUACAGCUACUCCCAAGAGAAGGAACUGAAGUUCUUAGCUUCCACACUGCGCAGCAUCAAGGUGAAGGUGAUGAAGAACCCGGCGUCGCUGUCUGCAGAGCUGCAACAGAGGCUCCUCCCGGUGGUCACCUCCCUCCCCAAGCUCAGACACCUCCUCCUCGAGUGCGACAAAGACGGACCAAAGUACUGCUCCAUUGUGCCGCUCCACUCCUCCAUGGACGUCACCUACAGUCCAGAGAGGCUGCCUCUGUGCUCGAGCUACAUGCAGAUAGUGGAGAUUCUGCCCACCUUGGCCCCUAACAUUGUACUGGUGGCCUUGGAGGACGGAUCCGUCAGCACCUGGGACGUGGAGAGCCGGCAGCUCCUCCGCCAGAUCGACACGGCAAAGUCAGUCGUGCUCGGCAUCCGACUGACCACGGACGAGAAGUACCUGGUGGUAGCCACGACCAAGAACACCCUGCUCAUCUACGACAACCACAAGUCCUGCCUGCUGUCGGAGGUGGAUAUCAAGGGGUCCAAGCAUGGCGGCAUUACCGGAGGGGUCACCUUCAUCAACGGCUUCACCCUGUCUAGUCACCACGCGCUAGCUUGGUUAGAGGCCAGUAAAGAUGUCAAUGUCAUCGACCUGCUUUAUGGUUGGCCUCUGUACCAGUUCCACUGCUGGUAUGAGGUCACUUGCGUCCAAUGCUCUCCGGAUGGAAUGUAUGCUUUCUGUGGACAGUACCUCAACACCACGUCCAUCUUUCAUCUUGGCAGUGGAGACAAGCUUGCCACCGUGACCUCUGAAUUUUCCGGUGGUUUUGUCAAGUCCAUUCUAGUCCUCGACACCCUUCACCAGAUGGUGAUGAUCGACAACGAAGGGAGUUUGUCGGUGUGGAACACCAAAGAGAUCACCGCUCCCCGCCUGAUGGAGGACUACGACUGCAGAGGAGACGAGAGUGAGGUGGUGGGCAUCGAGCUGUCUGAGGAUCAGCGCUCCAUCCUCAUCUGCAAGGCCAGGAGCAUUGAGGUCCUUGACACCAAGGUCUGGAAGAUGGUGGAGAAGUUUAAGGCCAAGCGCACGGAACGUUUUGUGGCCGCCGUCCUCUCGAAAAACGGCCAAAGCAUCGUCGCCUCCAUGGAGAACACUUCGUCCAUCUUUGUGUGGAGGAGGGAUAGCGGGCAGUGCAUGGCCAGCUUAAUCGAGAUCUCAGGGGCCAUCGUCAAACUAAUCAAGUCCACCCACCAUAACAUGCUUCUGUCUGUAGCCAGCAGUGGGGUCCUCUCAGUUUGGGACAUUGACAUCAUCACUGCCAUGUCCAAUAUUGACAAAACAGGCAAGAGGAUUCAGACCUUACAACUCUCUGGCAGAGAAGACUAUGUGUUUACUAUGGAUGGUUCCGAGUCAAUCCACAAGUGGAAUUUUAACACAGGUUUCAUCGAGACGGUUUACAAGCACGAGGGCUUGGUGGAGAACUGUGUGCUAACCUCCUCUGGUGACCUCAUGGUGACUUCAGAUGACAAGAGCAGCCAGUACAUCUGGCAAACUGCCACAGGAGAAAACAUCUUCCGCAUCAACGGACAGAAGAUAUCCCAGCUCCUCAUUACCCACAAUGAUCAAUUUGUUGUGUCCCUCUGCGAGCAGAAUGCUUCCAGAGUCUGGAGGCUUGCCACAGGCCACAAGGUGUGCAAUAUUCUGGUGACCCUUCAGAAUGCACUGAUAACCACCGCCAACACCUUUCUAGUUGGAGCCACUAAAAACAAGCUUCUCGCCGUCAGCCUCUGGUCAGGCAGUGUGUCCAAAAAGUUUGUCUGCGAUGAUGGCAUUACCAUCGUCAACUUCAAACUCAUUCCAGACUGUCCCGAUUUUGUGGUCUUCGUCACAUCCACAGAGACCGUGUUCAUCUGGAGUGUUGCGGAUGAGUCCAUCUGUAGGCGUGUCCAACUGCCCACCAACUUCCUCAAGAACCUGGAGGACUUCCAGAUCUCCCCCAAUGGAAAACUCGGCAUCGUCUCCAAGGGUGACGAGAACAUCAACGUGUUAGACCUUCACAGUGGAAAGCUACGGUUGGUCCACGCCGCGGGCAUCAUCUGGAGGCAAAAGCUCUCCAGAGAUGGUCGGUACCUGGUGUACGUCUGCUUCCGGAACUGUGAGGAGGACGACGAGGCGGGCGUCGUGUCCAACCUGAUCGUGAUGCGCCUGGCGGACGGCAAGAGCAUCGGCACGUGCUCUCUUUACAAGACGCCGACCUUCCUCUGCCUCUCCCAGCGGGCUUUAAACAUCAUCAUCGGCUUUGAGGACGGAAGCAUCGGCACGUACACCGUGGUGGACCGCGUGGACGCCGCCCUCAAGAUCAAGAUCGCCACCUCCAACAGCCGUCAGAUCGUCAACAACGCCUCGCAGAAGGUGCGUCCCAAGUGCGGCAACCACGCCUUUAAGAGCAUCGCCGACUGCGUGUGGAGGGAGUCGACGGAGGUGUUCUCCAGAGACAGCCCCAUCAACGUAUCCGAUUCGGGGGAAGCCGAGACCACGACGCCUACGAAGAAAAGUGAACUGCUGCAGUAAGAGGCGGUGUGACGGUUCGGAGAGCUAGGGGGAGGGUUUCUACGGGGUUGCAGUUGACUCAUGUUUACAGCCACCUGAUUCAGCUGCAGAUGUCAGCCCUUUGGGUAGUUUAUGGGCCGACUCCUAUAACGCUGCACUCAAGUCAUGUAAUACUACGACCUAUAUGAUAUUACUUUGGUUUUGUUUUUCAUACAAUGACUGUUAGAAGACGUAUUUUUAAGUAACGACUUAACUUAAAAAGUUAUUUUAUUAUUUGAAAAAAAAGAUCAUUUAACUGUUUAUGAGAUAUAUUAGUUUGCCAUUACGUGUCCUUUUGCAUUUGAAGAACAAGAUUGAUGUUCAAAUGUCUCAGUUUAAACAUUUCCAAAGCCAUUCCAGUGAAAUGACCACUCUUCCUUAUACAUGUAUUUUAUUUAUUUACAUUGUGCACACAUUAAGCCAUAUCUUUGUUCUGAAGAUGUGUAUUUAUGUUUAUUUAGAUACCAUCGAUUAGUACUGUACAAACUGGAAGAAUUAUAUAGCUAUGUGUACAUAUCUUGGCUGCUGCAAUUUGUGCAACUCCUUAAAAAUGUUAUGUUGUGCUUAAUGCAAUCAAAGUGAGUGCCUGGAUUUUAAAAUGUCUUCUUUUUUCUUUUUUUUGCUAAUUAUUGCGAUUUAUGAAGAUGCAGGGACUUUGUAAACAUAGAACAGUUCGGGUGCUUGAAAAUGUAUACCUCGCCGAAGCAAAGUGCAGUAAAAUCAAUUGCGGAUGCGCAAUGUUAAGCAGCUGUUUUGUGAUGGUUAUCAAUAGGGUACAUUGCAAAGAUUGUUUUUUUUUAAACAGCGACUUUUAUGUCUUGUGGGUUACGCAACAGCUGCUAUAAGUUGCAAAAGAGCAUUUGCAGACUUGAAAUUAAAGUUUUUAAGCACCAGAACUGUACAUAGAACCAUAAUAGCGUAUCUUAGAAAUGUAAUCAAAGAUUGAAGGGGUUACAUUAAUUAGGCUACCUGCAGGAGCUUUUGUUCAGUGUUAAGAUUGGUUUAAGAUGUAAGCUGUCUUUAUAUAAAAAUGUGUAGACAUUUGUGCAACUUCUUGAAAAAAAGUUAAACUUUUUGUUAUUUAUUCGCUUACCUGCACCUACAACUUAGUGUCGGGUCAGUUUGGAGAGCAACGCCACUACUGAGCAUACACUAUAGCAUCUUAUUAUACAUCAGCGCCUUAAAACAUCUAAUCUUAUUUUUGUGUGUUUGUUUUGGUGGCUUUGAUGGAUUAGAUAGUGAGCAACGAGUACAUAGUUUCACAUUAAAUAUGAUAGCGUGUGAUAACAAUUUCAUAUUUUUGUGAGCGCCUUAGGAAUGUUUUUUUUAGAAAGUUGAGGGUGACGCAGAGGAUAAUUGUAUGUCUACUUCUUACCACAUUUGGAGUUAUAUUAAAACAAUGUAUCAUAUUUAAGGAUAAUACCACUUAUGUUACUAUACUUUUUUAUCUUAUUUUUUGUCCAUAAACUGUUUUAAGGGCUAUUAUGUCUCAUUGUGUGUUUAACCCCUUUCAGCAGCAGAGACAUAGGCCCAAGGAUUACUAAAUAUCUGUAGCAGUUUCAAGCUUUAAAACAUUCAUUGCCCCUAAGCAAAGUUUCUAUAUCUAGAAUUAUCAUACAGUGUAUUUGCCAAAGUUACGAUCAUAGUUUGAUGUUUGUUCAGUUGACAAAUGUUUCAUUUGUUUUUAGGAUUGUGAUCAAAUAAUUUCCAAAUUGAGUGUUAAAUUGUGCUUUUGUUUAAACAUGGUAUGACCAUCUCUACUAAGAAGUUUAAGUGAGUUCACUUAUGAUAUAUUGGAAUGCCAGUUUAAGAGUAUAUUUGAAUGUGACCAUAUGGGAGCCAGUAUACAGUAUUAUUGUAUGUUAUGUAACUUGAAUGACUUUUAAUUACUUACAUGUUUGCAACACAUAGUUGGCAUACUGGUAUUGAAUGUUUCUAAUGUAUUCUUUGUAAUUGUCAUGACUGACUUACCUGUUUAGAGAUUUAUAUUUUCAUAAAUGUUGUACUUACAUUUUGUUACAGAGUUGUUUAACUGGAAUUAUUCUAACAGAAAAGAAAAAACUUAUGUCUGAAGCAAUAUGAAAUAGUGUGUAUGCAUUGUUUGUAUGGAACAUUUUAAUGUAAUAAAAUGGUACACUUUUG